UUUCUUCUGGAAGUCCUUUGCAGCCGUAUGGUCUGCAGAUACAGUUGCAUUUCUUGGCAUGUAUGCUUGGAAGAUGGGUUGGCUACAGAGAAAAGAAUAGAGAUUGAGUUAUGAACAAUUGAUCAAUUUAUGUGGAAGGAAGGCAGGAUGGCCUACCGGAGGAGCUGCUCCUCUUCCUUACAUCUCUCUGGCCGCCACCUGUCUCUCUCUCCACUCGUCUUCCUCCUAUUCCUACUCCACCUCUCCGCCGCCGCCACCACCCACACCGGAGGAGGAACAAAUCUCAACACCAAUGUUCGAAUCAGACCCCGGCGACCGCAAGUCCCCUUCUUCCGGGAAGCUCCGGCAUUCCGAAACGGAGACACCUGCGGGUCUCAAAUUCACGUGGCAACAACCCUAGACGCAAACUACCUCCGAGGAACAAUGGCGGCGGUGUUCUCGAUCAUCCAACAUUCAACUUGCCCGGAAAACGUAGUGUUCCAUUUCCUAUGGUCUCGGGUAGACCCAAAAAUAUCGUCGAGUAUCCGAUCAACGUUCCCUUAUCUGUCGUUCAUGUUGUACCGAUUCGACCCGAAUCGUGUACGUGGGAAGAUAUCUAAGUCGAUACGAAAGGCGUUGGACCAACCGUUAAACUACGCACGUAUAUACCUAGCGGAUAUACUCCCGGACCACGUGAACCGCGUGAUUUACCUGGAUUCGGAUGUGGUUAUGGUGGAUGAUAUAAACAAGCUGUGGGCAGUGGAUUUGGAAGAUAGGGUACUGGCUGCACCGCAGUAUUGUCAUGCCAACUUCACAAAAUACUUCACUGACGGAUUUUGGUCGGAUCGGUCGUUGGCGGAGGCGUUUAACGGGCGGAGGCCGUGUUAUUUUAAUACGGGAGUGAUGGUGGUUGAUGUUCGGAAGUGGAGGUUGGGAGGGUAUACGCAGAAGGUGGAGGAUUGGAUGGCGGUGCAGAAGAGGAAGAGGAUUUAUCAUUUGGGGUCUUUGCCACCUUUUUUGCUGGUUUUGGCUGGAAAUAUAAAGGCGGUUGAUCAUCGGUGGAAUCAACAUGGGUUAGGAGGGGAUAAUAUUGAAGGGAGGUGCCGGAAUUUACAUCCGGGUCCGAUUAGUUUACUUCAUUGGAGUGGAAAGGGUAAGCCUUGGCUACGGUUGGAUUCACGGAAACCAUGCACCGUUGAUCAUCUUUGGGCUCCUUAUGAUCUCUACCUUUCCUCUAAGCACUCAUUUGAGGAAUGAAUGAAUGAAUGAACUGGAGAGACUAAAAAAAAUUGAAAAUGAAAAUUAACUACUGGAGGAGAUUAAAAGAGAAAAGGAUUAGGAUUUAAAAGGAAAGGAAAGGAAACAGAACAACAACAAGAGUUACAGACAUUUUUGGAAAGAGAAGGAUUAUAUUUACUUGCAUUUUAUUUUUCUUUAAAAUUAUUUAUUUAAUAAGCUUUUUUUCUUUGGAUUCUGUAUACUAGGUUUUUAGAUUUUAGAAUUAUGACCAACCCCAAGCUUAGUUCUCGAGCAUAUCAUGUAACAGUAGCAAUAGAGACCAUCACCCUUUUUUUUAUUUUUUUGUUGUAAUUUUCUUUGCCAUCAAAUGAAGUUUACAUGUUUCAGUUUUUUU